GGUUAGAUGUGGGGCAACGCCGCCGAUAGCCGUGACAUGUCAGGAGCGUUUGGUAGAUAACUCCAUGACAUUUGAAACAUGUGGCUCAAACCCGAAGAGAUUCUGCUGAAAAACGCCUUUAAACUAUGGGUCACCGAGAAGGAUAAUGAGUAUUUCGUACUGCAACGGAGACGAGGGUACGGAGAAGGUGGUGGCGGUCUGACAGGCCUCCUUGUGGGGACUCUGGAUACUGUGCUGGACUCCACAUCCAAAGUUGCUCCCUACCGUAUUCUUCACCACACACCAGACUCACAAGUGUACUGGUCAAUAGCAUGUGGGGUCACCAAAGAGGAGAUUGUUCAGCACUGGGACUGGCUGCAGCAGAACAUCAUGAGGACACUCUCUGUUUUUGACUCCAGUGAAGACAUCACCAGCUUUGUACAAGGGAAAAUUAGAGGUCUUAUUGCUGAGGAAGGGAAGACGUCCCUGGUGCUGGAAGACGAUCCUGAGAAGUUCCGAGAAGCACUUUUGAGGUUUGAGAAAUGGUUUGAGCUGCCGCCUGAGGAAAAGCUGGUCACAUAUUACUCAUGCAGCUACUGGAAAGGCAAAGUGCCCUGCCAGGGCUGGCUCUACCUCAGCACUAACUUCCUGUGCUUCUAUUCAUACCUGCUGGGAGCUGAGGUGAAACUGAUCAUCUCCUGGGACGAGAUCUGGAGGCUGGAGAAAACCUCUAACGUAAUUCUGACUGAGAGCAUCCACGUCUUGGCUCAUGGAGAGGAUCACUACUUCUCCAUGCUGCUGCACCUUACUGAAACCUUUGUUAUCAUGGAACAGCUGGCUGACUACGCUAUCAAGCGCCUUUUUGACAAAGAGGCCUUCCAGGGACAGCCAGCGCUCUCCGACCCCCUGCAAAUUACCAAGAGAGGCCUAGAAGCUCAUGCAAAGAGUGCGCAGUUCCGGACGUUUUUCAGGCUUCCCAAGGAGGAGAACCUUUUAGAGGUGCAUGAGAGCUUCCUGUGGGUGCCCUUCAGCCACUUUAACACGCUGGGCAAGAUCUGUCUGUCUGAGAACUACCUGUGUUUCGCCAGUCAGGAUGGAAGCCAGUGUCAUGUCAUCAUUCCAAUGCGAGAGGUCGUGAAUGUAGAGAAGCCAGACUCCAGCAGCAGGGCUUUAACGGUGUGUGUGCGUGGCAAGAGGGCGCUGCGUUUCUCUGAGGUGCGGGAUUACCAGCGGCUUGCCAGCACAAUUCGCAGCAGGUGUGGCAUUAGUGCCAGCCCUCAGCACUCUGCUUCAUCAGAGACCAUACGAGGCGAAUGCCAGUCGCUCAUCAACCACUUCGAGGACAAUCCGGAGGAUGUAACUCUGAUGGUGGGACAGAAAGACAGCAGCAAGGCUGUAAGCACCGAGGCUCUCAUGACAGUUUUCCACCCCCAGGAUGUUGAAAACCUUGACCCCAAAAUGCUUAAGGAAAAGAUGAAGGAGCAGUCUUGGAACAUCCAUUUCUCUGAAUAUGGACGUGGCACGAGCAUGUUCUUCACCAGGAAGACACGAGACUUGAUUGUUCGCGGUGUUCCCGAGGCCUUAAGGGGAGAGCUGUGGAUGCUUUUUUCAGGAGCUGUGAACGAUAUGGCCACUCACCCCGGCUAUUACACUGAGCUGGUUGAACAGUCUCUGGGCACAAGCACUCUGGCAACAGAUGAGAUUGAAAGAGACUUACACCGCUCUCUGCCAGAGCACCCUGCCUUUCAGAGUGACACUGGAAUCUCAGCUCUACGCAGAGUCCUCACUGCCUACGCCUACAGGAACCCUAAAAUCGGAUACUGCCAGGCCAUGAACAUCCUCACCUCUGUUCUCCUGCUCUACGCGAAAGAAGAGGAGGCUUUCUGGCUCUUGGUGGCCGUCUGUGAGAGGUUGUUGCCGGAUUACUUUAACCGUCGAAUUAUUGGUGCUUUGGUCGACCAGGCGGUGUUCGAGGAUCUGAUUCGAGAAAACCUCCCCCAGCUGGUGGAGCACAUGACAGACCUGAGUUUCUUCUCGUCCGUGUCUUUGUCCUGGUUUCUCACUCUCUUCAUCAGUGUCCUGCCCAUAGAGAGCGCUGUGAACGUGGUGGACUGUUUCUUCUACGACGGCAUAAAAGCUAUCCUGCAGCUCGGCCUGGCCGUGCUGGACUACAACAUGGAGGCUCUGAUCAGCUGCCACGACGACGCAGAGGCCGUCACCAUCCUCAACAAAUUCUUCGACAGCGUGACAAACAAAGACAGCCCAUUACCUCCAACUGUGCAGCAGGCUUCAGUGGGCAAUAAUGAUAAAGCAUCCCACGUGAAUGUAGAUAUCAGUGAACUGAUCCGAGAGGCCUACGAGAAAUAUGGAAACAUCCGUUCAGAGGAAGUCGAGAGCUCACGAAAGAGGAACAAACUGUAUGUGAUCCAAACACUGGAGGAUACAACCAGGCAAAAUGUUAUUCGGGUGGUGUCCCAAGAGGUCAGAUUCAGUGCCUCGCAUCUUGAUGAGCUUUAUAAUUUAUUCAAAAGGCAGCACUUCCUCAGCUGCUAUUGGACAAUGCAGAGUCCAGCUCUUCUCCAUCACGACCCCAGCCUGGCCUAUUUGGAGCAGUACCAGUUGGGUUUCCAACAAUUCAGUGUGCUCUUCUCCCUCCUGGAGCCCUGGGCUUUCUGCACCACCAAGAGCACCCUCUCCCUCUGGGUCUUCCGCCUGAUAGAUGAGAACCAGGACGGCCUUGUCAACUUUAAAGAGUUCUGCUGUGCCCUUGAUACUUUGUACAGUGGAUCUUUCACAGAUAAGCUGAAAUUCCUGUUCAAGCUGCACCUGCCACCAGCUUUCACAGGUAGCCCUUUGCGCUUAAAGGAACAAAGAAUCCAGCACUUUAAUCCAGUGACUGAAGACUCUUCUCACUUGAGUAGACUCACUGCAUUUGAUCUUCCAGAAGAUGGCGUGAUAAGGAAAAGCCCAGAAAGAGGCAGAGGAAAGGUGGACCUGCAGGCCUACCUGAAACAAUGGCAAAAUGAGAUACUUAAGAAAGAGGAAACCAUCAAAGACCUACCCCGUAUUAAUCAGAGUCAGUUUAUCCAGUUCUCCAAGACCCUGUACAACAUUUUUCAUGGCGAUCCAGAGGAGGAACCUUUGUACCGAGCCGUGGCCCACGUGACCAGCCUUCUCCUGAGGAUGGAGGAGGUGGGACGGAGGCUGCAGGAGCCGAGCAGCCCGCCCGAGCCCACGAAGCCUACCGGCACCUCUGCUGCGGAGGAGUCUUCAACCGAAGAAGCUUCCAGCACCCCGGAGAGCUCCGACACCUCCAGCUCCCACAACAGUCAGGACGCAGGGCCCGAUCUCUCGGAGGUGGAGUGGUCGUUCUCGUUCGAGCAGGUUCUGGCGUCUCUGCUCAACGAGCCGGCCAUAGUCAGCUUUUUUGAAAGGCCUGUUGACAUUCAGGCUAAACUGGGACAAGCUAAGGUUGCCCAGCUGAAGCUAAAGGCUAAUAAGUGAAAGGAGACAUAGGUGAAUAAAUACUUUGCUUCUGAUUCAAACUUAGAGGUCACCGUGAAUUUCCUUUUUCUUGGAUAGAGCAGUGGGGUUUUGGCGAGGCAGACAGUAAGAUUGCUGGUGAAGAGGAGAAGAUUUCAAAAUCUGGGAUGCUAUGCGUGUGUGUGCGUGUGUGUGUGUGGCUUGGAUGAGGCGCAACAUCUUUAUGACACUGUGGUGAGAUGUCCACUGACCAAAACCUUCAGUGUAUUUUUGGGAUGAGCCUCGUUGCAGACACAUUGUAGGCUGUUGUUUCCUCAAAUCUAAUUAUGCAUUUUCAGCCUCACUGAUGAAAUUCAUCCUGUCAUGUAGCCUCAGAUUCUUCAGAUUUUAACAGUAGUUUAAAAUAUUUUCCCCCUGUAUGCCAUGGAGCACACACACGGAAGUUUUAUAUUGUAUAAGGCACAUUCAGUCCUGUCCUCUGUAUUUAGAAACGUGACAGAAGAGUUUGUCCCUCCCAGCGUUAUUGACGUCAUGCUGAAAUACACCUCCAUAACCAAUGAGUCAGACAAAAUGACUGAGAGUCCACAGGAAGAUUCUCUGUCUCGAUGUCCUUAUAUGUUUUAUCUUUCAGAUGACUACUCGCUGCUGCAAAGCGAAACAUCCAGUAAAUGCUAAUGCGUCCUGUGACUUCAGUGUCUCCUGGUGAGCGUGUCCUCUAAAUGUCAGCUUCUUGUGAGAAACACCAGCUUUUCAGUUGAUCCAGGCGCAGAAUAAACCGUAGUACGGACAGUGAGGACGAGCUGUUGUGUUGUCCCCUGAAGCCAUGAACCUGAUUUCAGAGAUCUUAGAGAGAUCUGAGCGGAGAUGUCGGAUGGAUUUUAUUGAGAGCAGAAAAGAUUCCAUUAUGGUAUUAUGCGUUUGCAAUAACAGUAGAGACUGCUGUACCGCCACUGCACACUGUCAUCUGUCUCCUACGUCCAACGGCAGCACAAGUAGAAACAGUACUAUAGCACGACUUCAAGUAUAUAUCGUACUUGAUACCAGGAUCUGUAGAGGUAAACUAGUUUGAAUUCUACAGUGCUGCUUCAGGGAGACCACCUGUGCUGUGUCCUCUGACACUGUCUAGAAAAAGUGCUGUGUGUGAGUGAUUGAUGUGCCGUUUGCUUAUAUAUGUUUUACUGUAAACGUAGGGUGUUAUGCUCUAGCAUAGGUUCAGCAUUUUGUACAUAAAGGUCGGCUCAGUAGUUGUUUGAUUAUUGUAUUUAUGGGGCUUGUAUUGAAAAUGUAAUAUAUGAGCUAGUGGACUGUUGUGGACACAACUUAAACCUUUUGAAGGACAUUUAGUUUUAUCAAAUCUCAGGGUGCAAUUUGUGUAAAAUAAAAAGGGAGAAAAGGGAUAUUUUCUUCUUUAUAUGACCUGGGACAUAUAAAGUAUAUGACUGAGUUAUACAUAGCCUACAUCUUGUCAGUAACAAAUAUAGAGCAUGUGUAGCAUAGUUACAGGAUUUGCCACAUUAUGCUAGCCUUCAACAAAGAGCAAUUAUUACUGCUCGCUACAGAAAGCCAGAUUUGUCUUUCAGUAUUUCGGUUGUCGUUUUCUUCUGAUCUGUGCAUCUUCUGCUUCUUUCCUUUGUUUUUUUUUUUUUUUGUUGCUUCUGUCUCAGUGAAUAAUUUGCACAGUUGUUGCUUGGAUUCACAAGACGUAGAUAUAUGCCUGUAUCUUGGCCAGAUCUCAGAGAUGUUGGAUUCCAAAAGGUCAUGAGCGCUUCAGCUGCGGCAUGUUAUCUCCAGGGGCCAAAUUUGCAAAUUUAUAGAGCUUUAUCUCUGCUUGUGUCGGAGGAGGAAAAAAAAAGUGUUUUAGAAGCUUCUUAAGUGCAAGUGCAAUUCUCUGUUUGCUAUAUCUUUAUUAUUUUGCCAUUUGCUAGGAACAUGUUAUUUUCUUAAUGAAGUGCAUAUUUUUUCACUUAAGACCAAUCUCUAGUUUAUUUCAUCGUGUAAUUGUAGGGUUAAUUGACAUAGAGUAGAUUGUUGAAGUGAGUUGUACGUACACAUUUCAGUUCUCAUUGGAACUGAAAAAAAAAAUCGUUUACAGUAAGAAAAACAGUAACAAUUGUUACUGUUUAUAUGACUAAUGUUAAAAAAAAAAAAAAAAAAAAUUCACCUCUUUCAUCUUU